CCGAUAGACGGCACUGACUGGCAUCACUGCUGGGCACUGACUGGCAGCACUGCUGGGCUGCACUGGUGGGUGGGCACAGGUGGGUGGCACUGCUGGGCACAGGUGUGUGACACUGCAGAGUGGCACAGGUGGGUGCACUGCUGGGCACAGGUGGGUGAUCUGCUGGGCACAGGUGGGCGGAACUUGCGGGUGCCACUGCUGGGCACCAAUCAUCAGGGCACUGAUCAUCAGUGCCCUGAUGAUCGGUGCCGAUCCUCGCUCUGACAACUGCCGGUUCUCG